AUGGCUGGACCCGUUGAUGGUGCUCCUGCCGAUGACGAUGCUGACGACAUAGAGGUCGAGAUAGCACGCACGGGCCUAGACCUGUUGCUGUGUUCCCUCUCUAAACCAACCAUCCCACCUUGUAGCAAGAAUCCCCCCGUCACUUCAGUUACGGCUGUUCCCACCGUCACUUCCGCCCCACCUGACUCAAUCGUCGCCCCAGUUAUUAAGACCGCCAUGCCAACCAAUGUCACAGACCCAGUACCCACUACGGUACCCGCAUCCGAGCCGUCAACACCAGCAGCACCGUCCCCGACUUCUCCUAUGGGUACAUCUCCAUCGCUUCCACAAGGUUUUGAGAUGGCGUCCCCGUCAUCUCGGCCCGUUCCACCUGCAUCGCAACCAGCUGCUCCCGAAGCGGCGUCCCCUGCAGGUCGGCCCGUUCCACCUGCAUCUCACCCUCACGCAGCUGCAUCGGCGUCCCCGGCUGCUCGGCUUGUCCAGACGAAGUUGAACUUCCUUCGCCCCUCAUCUGCGCCACCGACAGCACCCACCAACGUGCCCACUCCGCCCGUACUCGAAGCUGCAGCCUCGAACCAGCCGUCAGUUCCUCCCGAGGAGCAGUAUGCCAUUGCUCUUGAAAGGGAAGCUCUUGCCGCUAAGGAUGCUGCCGAGAGCUUGCCUGUCUUCAACAUGAUCGACAACACGAUCCGCCGUACAACUGGACAUCUGGAGGCCCGUUACGUCGACUGCGGGGACGAGUUUGGCGGAGGGCUCAGUCCAAGGCUCUCGCCAUGGCUUGAGAAGCACGGCCCCGAAGACAAGCGGGAAGUCUGCAUCGAGGGCAGCGACUCGGACGGGCAGGCAUGCACCUUCACGUUCAUACUACAUGAGGAUAAACUUGACGACUACCCCGGACCUGGGCACCAAGACGCAUGCAUCGACAUCUGCACCGAGUUCGCUGAGCUCAUCGUGGCCAACCUCCUGGAUCGGUUGGGCGACCUCGACAAGCUCUUGGGCGUGGGCUUGUUCACCCCCGACAAUUGGCCGCACGGCAGGCACGAGCGCCAAGCGAAGUGUCAGGAGCAUCUUGAGGCGCUGAUCACUCUCUUCCGGGCGGAAGAGUGCGAGGAGAUCAUACCUGGUGUCGACAAGAAGAAAGCAGUCAAGGAAGUGCGACUGCUAAUCCCCGUCCUUUCACGUGCACCGAAGGUCGAGAUCUGGCGUAACUACAAGAAGCGGAAGCCGCUCAACACCUGCAACUUCUCCAGGCAGGAGACAGAUAGGAGGCGUCGGGGGAAGGAGGAGGCAGAGGCAGGAGACCAGGCCAACCCUGUAGACCUAGAUGAAGAGGAGGAUGCAGCAGGUGCAGCUGACGGUGGUGAUGAUGAGGAUGCGAUGUGCAGAGGCGAAUGCAAGUUGCUGCGCUCGCUGUCAGGCAUCACCGUGCGGAACUGGGACGUUCCCAUCGUACCAUCGUAUGUGGGCGGCGAGUGCAACCCCCUUGCCAACACGGACGACGACCCGCAUUUCCGGGGCGCAGAUGGCACGCGCUUCGACUUCAACGGCAUUCUGAACCGCUCCUUUUGCUUGGUUUCUGACCGUCGGAUCCACAUCAACAUGGGAAUCAAGGGCUACCAGCCCAUCGCAAACCUCCCCGGCACAGCAACAUCAUUGGAUGAAGAGUCGCUCGUUGCAGCGCUGGAAGCAGCGGCCAAUGAGAAGAAGCCACGUCAUAUCAGGCAGCUGGAGCAGGAGCGACUGAGCGUGGAGGAACUGAGAGAGCUGGAGAGAAUGCGGGCCAAUGGGAGCCUGCCGUUGACUGGUGAGGUGGUGGCGGCGCUUGACAGGGAGACGGGUCGUCGCAGCGGCGAAGAAGGCGCCGGGGGUGGAGGGGAAGAGAAGGAGCAGCAUUCUAUUCAGUAUGCAAAGCAUGAGCUGAAGGCGAGGCUUCUGAAAGAAAAGCCGAUUCGCAGCUGGAUCAGGGAGCUUCAACACACGAGCGGCAUUCACGGCGUGCUGGGUCAGACCUUCCGAGCCGAGGAAUCCCGCAAGGUGCGCUCGCUGCGGUACCGCCUGCUGACCCGCCUGCUGCGCGAGCCGGUGGAGGUGGAGAGUGAGAGUGGCAGGGGAUUCCUGGAUGGGCGCACGGAGGACUACAUCACCUCGGAUAUUCGCUCCGCGGAUUGCAUGUAUGCCGCUGCGUGGCGGAGGGGGGGGCAUGAGAGCAGUGAAGGGAGCGACAUCAUGUAA